AUGUUCAAAAUACUAUGCCUAAGAGCCCACUGGGCUCAGUGUGCCACACGUUCUGAUGUCACCCACUGGGCUCAGUGUGUCACACGUUCUGAUGUCACCCACUGGGCUCAGUGUGCCACACGUUCUGAUGUCACCCACUGGGCUCAGUGUGCCACACGUUCUGAUGUCACCCACUGGGCUCAGUGUGCCAGACGUUCUGAUGUCACCCACUGGGCUCAGUGUGACAGACGUUCUGAUGUCACCCACUGGGCUCAGUGUGCCACACGUUCUGAUGUCACCCACUGGGCUCAGUGUGCCACACGUUCUGAUGUCACCCACUGGGCUCAGUGUGACAGACGUUCUGAUGUCACCCACUGGGCUCAGUGUGACACACGUUCUGAUGUCACCCACUGGGCUCAGUGUGCCACACGUUCUGAUGUCACCCACUGGGCUCAGUGUGCCACACGUUCUGAUGUCACCCACUGGGCUCAGUGUGCCACACGUUCUGAUGUCACCCACUGGGCUCAGUGUGCCAGACGUUCUGAUGUCACCCACUGGGCUCAGUGUGCCAGACGUUCUGAUGUCACCCACUGGGCUCAGUGUGUCACACGUUCUGAUGUCACCCACUGGGCUCAGUGUGCCACUCGUUCUGAUGUCACCCACUGGGCUCAGUGUGCCACACGUUCUGAUGUCACCCACUGGGCUCAGUGUGCCACACGUUCUGAUGUCGCCCACUGGGCUCAGUGUGCCACACGUUCUGAUGUCACACACUGCGCUCAGUGUGCCACACGUUCUGAUGUCACCCACUGGACUCAGUGUACCACACGUUCUGAUGUCACCCACUGCGCUCAGUGUGCCACACGUUCUGAUGUCACACACUGGGCUCAGUGUGCCACACGUUCUGAUGUCACCCACUGGGCUCAGUGUGCCACACGUUCUGAUGUCACCCACUGGACUCAGUGUACCACACGUUCUGAUGUCACCCACUGCGCUCAGUGUGCCACACGUUCUGAUGUCACCCACCGGGCUCAGUGUGCCACACGUUCUGAUGUCACCCACUGGGCUCAGUGUGCCACACGUUCUGAUGUCACCCACUGGGCUCAGUGUGCCACACGUUCUGAUGUCACCCACUGGGCUCAGUGUGCCACACGUUCUGAUAUCACACACUGGGCUCAGUGUGCCACACGUUCUGAUGACACCCACUGGGCUCAGUGUGCCACACGUUCUGAUGUCACCCACUGGGCUCAGUGUGCCACACGUUCUGAUGUCACACACUGGGCUCAGUGUGCCACACGUUCUGAUGUCACCCACUGGGCUCAGUGUGCCACACGUUCUGAUGUCACCCACUGGGCUCAGUGUGCCACACGUUCUGAUGUCACCCACUGGGCUCAGUGUGCCACACGUUCUGAUGUCACCCACUGGGCUCAGUGUGCCACACGUUCUGAUGUCACCCACUGGGCUCAGUGUGCCACACGUUCUGAUGUCACCCACUGGGCUCAGUGUACCACACGUUCUGAUGUCACCCACUGGGCUCAGUGUGCCACACGUUCUGAUGUCACCCACUGGGCUCAGUGUGCCACACGUUCUGAUGUCACCCACUGGGCUCAGUGUGCCACACGUUCUGAUGUCACACACUGGGCUCAGUGUGCCACACGUUCUGAUGUCACACACUGGGCUCAGUGUGCCACACGUUCUGAUGUCACCCACUGGGCUCAGUGUGCCACACGUUCUGAUGUCACCCACUGGGCUCAGUGUGCCACACGUUCUGAUGUCACACACUGGGCUCAGUGUGCCACACGUUCUGAUGUCACCCACUGGGCUCAGUGUGCCACACGUUCUGAUGUCACACACUGGGCUCAGUGUGCCACACGUUCUGAUGUCACACACUGGGCUCAGUGUGCCACACGUUCUGAUGUCACACACUGGGCUCAGUGUGCCACACGUUCUGAUGUCACACACUGGGCUCAGUGUACCACACGUUCUGAUGUCACCCUAAAUGGUAACACAGUACCACAAAAUGCUACUUUAAACAACUGA